UUUACAUCACAUUCCUCCACGCCCCCCUUUCCGAGACAGAACACCCGCGAUUCACCUCUCAAUUGUGUGUCUCUUUGCCUUUGUUCGUGACGAAUUUCUUGCUUUUCUGUCCCGCGUGUUUCCGGGACUUUUUCCCAUCACCCAUUUCCUUAGUGUUUUUCUUGCGGAACGCAAUCAAACGAUUUCCAGCAAAACUCAAUUAUGUGAUAGAAGACAAAGGGUCAUCACGCGAAGCAAAAAUAUGUGCUUGUAUUGACAAGAAGUGUGAGGAACACUGUGUUUUCCCUCUCAAUAUGGUAAAAAGCUUUAUUGUCCUCUUUGUUGUGAGGUGAAGAGCUUUUGUCGUGACACUCGAAAGCUUACACAAGAGCCAAAGCACCGAGCCAUUCCCAGUGUGUCUCUACAGGGAGCCAGAAGACGCGAACGUUCUCCCUGCUUUUCAUUCACUUAAAGUGAAAUAAAUUCUCGUCACACGACAUUCAAUUUAACAUCUUUUGUGGUGAUAUCAUUAACACUUUUUAACUAACAUUUCGCGUGAAAUCGUGUAAAUAAAUUUCCCCACUUCAAAAGCCAUCAGCCAGCCGCCAACGUCACUUCCCAAUUCGCGUAGUUUGCAGUUGGGUAUAAACGACUUAAGAUCAAUUACUAAAUAUGCUCAAUAAUAAUAUAAAUUCGAAAUAGACAAAUAAAUAAAUAGUGCCGUGAUUCUCACCAUAUCAUACAAGAACGAAAUUCAACAGAAUAAGACAUCGAAAAUCGUUUAUUUUCCUAAUGAGUUACUGACGCCGUUCACGAAGGGAAAAUAUCCUUUGUAAUCCCAUCCAUUUUUGAUCAACCUGUGACAAGUGUGACAAGCAAACGAAAUGGAUUCUGAAAUAAAUUCCAUCGGAAUGACAAUGAUGAGAAAUUCAAUUUCAUCUUCAUCAGGAAUAUCAUCGUUGUCGAGCUGUGGUGACCCAGAUCGACUGCCUGAAUUGCCGCCGGGCGAUGAGAAAAGAUUGCAGAGAGCUGCAUUGAGUUUGCAGCAAAAAUUAAUACUGAGGGAAUGGCUGAAGGAGCACAGGCUCCAGCAUCACUAUUCGAGAUUGGUGGCCAUCGAGGUGGUGUCACUCGAAGAUGUUUACUGGCUGGAGGAUCCGCGUGCUCGGCAAGUCCUGGGCAAGGAUUGGUCAGUGUGGUCAGGAGCCCGUCAGAGUCUGCCGACGUCAAAGUCUCAGCUGGAGACAUUGAAGGCCAACCUGUGGUCGACUGUUGUUAAAUCGUCACAGCAUCAGGAUGCCUGGACGUGGGGCGGGAUGCUAGUUGUGUCUGUGUCUGUCGCGGGCCUUGUCACGCUGGCAGCGAUGACGCAGCCCUCAUUGGCUCCAGAAGCACGGCACUCCCUUCUGCAGUACGUGACGGGGAAGUACCUCCUGCCGGCCAACUGCAAGGUCCAGUUUGACUGGAGUGAUCCUCACGUUGUUGGUGGCACCAUGUGCUUCACCGUGCGCUUCUACCAGCGCAACGGACAGCCCUAUCCCAUCUGCGACACGGAUCAGUUCUUUGUGGAAGUGUGCCAGGGCACGAGGAAGGUAGUGACACUCAACUCAUUAGGCGGCACAGAUCCCAACAACGCUAACAUCGCCAAAGUCAAGUUCACCGUUCGUACUGCUGGACAGUACAAGAUCUCCGUUCUCAUUGGCUCUAGCCACAUUGCCGGCAGUCCCUUUCUCAAAACCUUCAUCCCCGGAAAGAUGGACGCCCGACGAUCACGACUCAUCAGACCAGCCAACACAGUCGUGUGCUCUGCCGGCGCUCCAACUCUUUUGCACAUUGAACCUCGCGAUGAGUUUGGGAAUGCUUGCGUCUUUGGACCAGACGACGAUCCCGUGCGAGGAUACAAGAUCGACCUAUUUGAUCUCAAUGGUCAGCCGGCCGAGAAACUAAUCAGUGCCCUAACUAUGGCCUAUGACAAAGUCAAUUCACGCGUCACCGUCACGGCGCUCUUCCCGGAGCCUAUCUGUCUAAAAGCAAUAUUCCACUAUGAGGACCAGAGAUUGCCCAACGGGGACUUCGAUAUCAUUGUGCUGAGCAGCAGCGAUACAACCCUCGUGCACAAAAACAUUGCGUCCAGGAAGCACAAUAUCUGCUACGAAGCGAAAUUAAUAAGUAUUUACGGGCAAAUUAAGACAAAACCACGCAAAGUCUUGUGCUACGUUGGACCAAAACAAAUCACAAUUAAGGAAUUGAUUUUGAAAUUCAUCCCCAAAAGAAUUGCCACUUUCCGUCUCUGUCCAUCAACUAAGUUCCAUUUCUUACCCACAACUACUGGGCAAAACCACGGAUCGGUCUUUAUCAUUGACGAUGGAUCACAGCCAAGAAUCGAAUUGGCAUCGCGCGAUAGGAAUGUCAUUGCAGCCACAUUCACCCAUUUUCUCUUGAAGAACAUUGGUGGUUCUGAGACGUUCAAGGAUAAGCAGGACUUCUUCUACCAUGAAGUACGCAAAUUCCACUCUCACUAUUAUCACGAGAAACUAGCUCUCAAGGUGCAGCGCGAUAAAAUCCUCGAGUCCAGCAUGAAAGCCACCAAAGGAUUCUCCGUUUCGGACUGGUGUGGCAACUUUGAGGUGACAUUCCAAGGGGAGCAAGGAAUUGACUGGGGCGGUCUGAGACGGGAGUGGUUCGAGUUGAUCUGCAGCGCCUUGUUCGAUCCCCGCGGAGGACUCUUUUGCGCUUUCCACGACAAACGCCAAGCUCUGGUGCAUCCCAAUCCCAAUCGUCCGGCUCAUCUCAAGCUCAAGCACUUUGAAUUCGCCGGAAAGGUGGUGGGCAAGUGCCUCUACGAGAGCGCCCUUGGCGGUUCCUACCGUCAGCUGGUGCGUGCCAGGUUUAGCCGUAGCUUCCUAGCUCAGUUGAUUGGACUACGAGUUCACUACAAGUACUUCGAACAGGACGAUCCGGAUCUCUACUUAUCCAAAAUCAAGUACAUUCUGGACACGGAUCUGGAUCAAAGCGACAGCCUGGAGUUGUAUUUCGUGGAGGAAGUCUAUGACUCGUUAGGCCAAUUGAGCAAAACAGUGGAAUUGAUUCCGAAUGGUGCCAAAGUUAGAGUGACCAAUGCCACAAAGUGUCAAUAUCUGGAUGCCCUAGCACAGCAGCGUCUCUGCAAUAAUGUACGCGAGGAAGUUGACAGUUUCCUGAAAGGCCUGAAUGGGAUCAUUCCCGACAAUUUGCUGAGUAUCUUCGACGAGAAUGAAUUGGAGCUCCUGCUAUGUGGAACGGGAGAAUACUCAAUUGCCGAUUUUCGCGCUCAUCACAUUGUCAACGGCAACUCGGCUGAAUUCCGUCGAGUCCUGGGAUGGUUCUGGGCUGCAAUCAGCAACUGGAAUCAAACUGAAAUGGCUCGAUUGCUCCAGUUCACCACCGGUUGUUCUCAACUGCCACCCGGAGGCUUUCAAGAAUUGAAUCCUCGCUUUCAAAUAACAGCCGCACCAACUUUCGGAAACCUCCCAACGGCUCACACGUGCUUCAAUCAACUCUGCCUCCCAGAUUAUGAGAGCUACGAGCACUUCGAGAAGGCCCUGCUCCUGGCCAUUAGCGAGGGCACCGAGGGCUUCGGGAUGGUGUAGAAAUGCUAUAGAAAUGACUUGACGGAAAAUGUUGCCACAGAAAUUUUUGGUCCCUUUUUAAUGUUUCAAAUCGCAAAUGAAUCGUAGAGUGUAUUAACAAAAUUUAGGCCUGUAGAAUUAUUUGCUUUGUUGGAGGAAGACAGCAAUUAUAUUUCCGAGGAGUUUCAUGUAGCAAUAAAUUGCAUAUAACAUAUUUUUAAAAAUCGUUUAAGCGAGAACAAUAUAAGAAAAGAAAACUCAUUUGAACUGCCUAGAGAAGUAGAAAAGUAUUUGCCUUAUAAAUUUCAUAAUAUAAAGAAAGCAGCAGAGAGUCAGUGAAGAGAUAACCCGAGACAUUUCAUUUAUCAGGCAAAACAUUCAUGAGCAAAGGAUUUAUUGUAAGGAAGAAAUAAAACUAAUAGAGGAAGUUGAAAUUGUGAAAACCACGAAGAUUAUUCUCUGUGAUAUUAUCAAGAAGGAAAAAAAAGACAAAACUCACAACAAAUACAGAAGAAAAUCACUUAUUGAUGAAAAAAUAAACUCUUUCUCGAGCGUUUGAAGAGAUUAUGGAAAAGAAGAAAAAAAAGAUUUUCCCCUCCCCCCAUAUUGAAGAGAAUUAACUAUACAAUAUUAGAUUGUAGUGGAAUAUUUAUUGAAAAGAUGAGAAAUGAAGAUGAGAGAGAAUUACUCAAAUAAAAUAUUGUUGAAUCGCGAUAAAUGGAAUGUGUGUAAUUAAUUUCACAACAAUUCGACACCCCUCAAGGUGGGAUGACCGUGUUUACGAUUUGAGGCUUUUCCACGAAAAGGCGAUCAAUAAG